AUGAACAAGGCAGAGCUGCAGAUGACCCUGAAGAAGGGAGCGGAUGAGGGGUGCGCGGCGUCCCAAGCCUCAUCAUUCCUCCAAAGCGGUCCAAGGCCUACCCUUACCCAGACUAGGCGGUCCCGAACUCUGGGGCUUCCUUGUUCCCCUCCAGCAUUCGUACGCAAAAUGAGGAACACCGCUGUGGGAACCAUCUGCGACAUCCGUCUGAAAGUGGUGGUGGUAGGAGACCCACAGCCCUCGCUCUACUGGUACCACAACGAUGACAUGCUGAAUAUGGUUAACCAGGAGUAUGGGGGCCUCUGGAUCAGGGACUGCAAGCCCAGAGAUGCCGGCCUCUACACCUGCAUCGCCAGCAACCACUUGGGGAAGGUGCAGAGUAGCGCCAUGCACACCGUCCUGGACCUACAUUACUCCGAGACCACAGAAGACGAAGGUGGAGACCACAUUGAGACCAAAGAAGGAAGCAGAGGUAUUCAGAACCAGGCUAUGCAUGCAGGGGACAGAAUGAUGGACAGCUGGGGCAAAGGACUUCAAGACAUCUCCAAGCCCUCCAGAAUUAAUAAAUGCCCCUCCACUUCUCCAAUGCCAAGCUGCUCUGGAUCAGCCCCGAACACACCCCUCACACCCCGCAAGACACAUUUUGUACCAACCGACUACCAAGACACAAUCCCUGCUGAAUUUGAGGAAAUGUUAAGACAUCCAAAAUUAUCAGCCAUGUCUCAAAGCAGCACCCAGAAUUCCCUUACUCAGACACCUGUCAGUGUCAACGAGUGCUUCCACAAGGAGUACCAGCCUAGGCAGUCCCCAAAACUGACCAGAGCAAGCUCCAAGAUCUUUGAGAAGAUGCACGGUUUUGAAGAGCGAAGGCGAAGUUAUGACCAUGAAGACUCCAUCUCGGGAUGGUCCUGGGCCGGGUUCAACUACGCUGAGUCUGUCGACUCAGACGAUGGAGGGAACCGGUUGGGCAUCUCCAGAGGGAGUUCGAGGGAAGACCUACGAGAGGCUCUGAAGGAUGACGCUGCCGAACGGAGGUCCAAUUUCAGACAGAAGGCUGCGUCCUUAGAGGACUGCAGGCCCCGUACCACCCAGAAGGUCGAGGAAUUUGAGAACAAGUUCACUGAAGAGCCUCAACGAAUCAAGAAGCUUCUGGGUAAACCUCACAUGAAGAAGUCCUUCUCCAUCGAGCAGCUUUCGCUCAGGGCAAGAGGCAGGCAGCCUUUGAGGAAGAUUGAGCCCCUCCCACCGCAAAUUCUCCAGAAGCUCCAGGAAAGGGAGCGAGCCCAUCAGGAGGAGCAGAAAGAGACAGAACAUCCUAAAAAGGUGGUGCCAUCAAAAUCACCACGACUGCACCUACAAGCACGGCAGGACCAGCCUUCGCCCCAAACCCACGAGAUUGAGGGCCCCUCCAUGAUCUCCCCAUCUGAGGAAAAAAUGGAAGUGGAAUUAACCAAGCCAGCCCCCAAGGUAAUCAUACCUACCAUCAUUGUCAAAGAAGAGCCCAUGGAAGAGGAAGCUCCUCCAGAGACUGCCAAGUCUAAAGAGGUGACCAAUGUGAAAGAAGGCCAAACACAGAAGACCUGGGGGAAGGGUCGCUGCGCUAGGCCCAUGUCUCCAGAGUUAGAUUCUUCAGACGACUCUUACAUGUCUGCUGAAGAGGACCCCUUGGAGGCCCCUAUGUUUGAAUUUCCUCUUAAGGACACUGUGGCAACUGCUGGUACUGAGGUCCUGCUGAGAGUCAUCAUUGCUGGCACUCCUCUCCCAGAAGUUACCUGGAGGCGAGACAAUAUUGAGAUCACUAACAGCCCAAACUAUGGGGUCAAAGUGGAGGGAGAGCGGUAUUCACUUCUCAUCAAAUGUGCAAAACCAAGUGAUGCUGGAAUGUACUGUGUGACAGCUGCCAAUGAGGCUGGGAGAGCAUCUAGCAGUGCCACCCUUUCCAUCAAACCAGAGCCCAUGCAGGAGCCGCAGGGGAACCUGGGUGUUCUUAGGGACAUCAGCAGCCCUAUCACAUCUGAUGAAGAGUACCUCAGCCCACUGGAGGAAGGCAUGGAUUUUGGAGGGCCUGAGACAAGGAAGAUAGUCGACACACGAUUCAAGGAGCCCCCUGCAUUCCAGGUAACUAUGAAUGAUCAAGCGGUCAUUGAGGGGCAAGAAGUGACCAUGUCUGUCCGACUAAAUGGACAGCCCAAACCCAUGCUUUAUUGGCUGAGGGACAGGGAGACGAUAAAAACAGACUUGCGCCACACAGUGCGUGAGACCAAGGAUGGCACUUUUGAAAUGACCAUCAACUCUGCUCAGAAGUCGGACAUGGGAGUGUACACCUGCAAGAUCAUCAAUGAGUAUGGAACAAAGCAGUGCACAUGCAAACUGGAGGUGAAAGUGCCACCAGUGGAGCCAGGCCUAACAAUUAUCCAUCCAGUGAUGGACAUCACAACGGACGCAGGUGAGACGGUUAUGUUAGAUUGCCACAUAAUUGGACCACUGGACACAGACGUCGAUUGGUUUGCAGAUGGUAAACUGAUCCAGCCAUCUCUGCUCAACUGCAAAAUGCAUUUUGACGGGAAAAGGUGCAUGCUGCUCCUCAACUCAGUGCACGAGGACGACAGUGGCACCUAUAUGUGCAAGCUGACCUCUGCCAAAGAGAAACUGACUUUAAGUGGCCAACUCAAAGUCAUCCCUUCCAUCAAGCCCCUUUUCACCCGCAAGCUGGAUGCCUUAGAGGUGAUUGAGGGACGUAGCGCCCGCUUUGACUGCAGGGUCAGCGGAACACCACCUCCAAAAGUCAGCUGGAGACAUUUUGACCAUACACUGGUAAAGAGUGACAAUGUGCAGAUCUUACAAGAGGGAGGACGUCACUCCCUCGUAAUCUCUCAUGUCACCAAUGAGGAUGAGGGCUUCUACACAGUCAUCGCUUGCAAUCCACACGGCGAUGCCGAGAGUGCCACUGAACUCUAUGUCCAGGAGCCCAAACCUGUUAUGUCAUCUCAAAUGGUGAAGCUAGAGAAGAUGCCGUCCAUCCCGGAGGAGCCUGAGGUGCUGGUCAACGAGGUUGAGCGCUUCAUCAUGCCUGACUUUGUCAAGCCACUGUACGACCUGGACGUGAUUGAGGGCAAGGAGGCCGUGCUCAAGUGCAAGGUGGCCGGCCUGCCGUACCCCACAAUCGUGUGGUUCCACAAUGGCAAGAAGAUCGACAGCAUGGAGGACAGGAAAUUGACACAGUUCAGAGACAUCCACAGCCUGGUCAUCAGCUCUGUCUGCCAUGCUCACGGAGGGGUGUACAAGAGUGUCAUCUCCAACAAGGUGGGCAAAGCCACUUGCUAUGCCCAUCUAUUUGUGACUGAUGUUCUUCCAGACCCUCCAGAUGGGCCCCCAGUAAUAGAGGCAGUUACUGGCAAGACUAUCACCCUGAGCUGGAAGAAACCCCGGAGGCUGGAUCCCUCUAUUGAUCCCAACACGUUGAUGUAUGCCAUCCAACAACAAGCACUGGGCUCGAUCCAGUGGACCAUCAUAGUGUCCAGUCUGAAAGACCCUUGCUAUACAGUGACCAGCUGCUCCAAAGGAGUCUGCUAUGCCUUCAGGGUCCUGUCAAUCACCACCAAGGCCUUUAGCAAACCCUCUCCGUCCACAGACCCAGUGCAACUUGUCAACAGAGGUCCAUAUCUUCAGGAGGGUCCGGUGAUCAUUGAUAAGCCAGACAUAGUCUAUGUCCAGGAGAACCUGUCAUUCAGCAUCACCAUCACUCUGAACCACGUCAACGCUUCAGUUAUCUGGAAGAGUGGAGUGGUCCUUGCAAUCAAACCUGGGCUGUAUGAGAUGAGUAUGCCUGAUGAUGACCAGCACUCUCUGAAGAUUAUGAGGGUGAAGAGUGGCGAUGUGGGUCAACUGAUGUGUGUUGCCUCCAACAAGUUUGGCGUCGACUCCUGCAUCUUUAGUGUGGAAAUGGCAGCACCACCAACCUUUGAGUCCAUCAUGGAGGAUGUGGAUGUGCACAUGGGGGAGACACCUUGCUUGGCUGUGGUUGUGGAGGGCAAGCCCAUUCCCGACAUCCUUUGGUUUAAGGAUGAUACAUUGUUGUGCGAGAGUAGUCACAUCACCUUUGUGUAUGAUGACAACGAAUGCUCCCUUGUGCUGCUCAACACAAGUCCAGAAGAUUCAGGGGUGUAUACCUGCACAGCCAAGAACCUGGCUGGUUCUGUGUCCUGUAAGGCUGAGCUCACCGUGCACACAGGUAAGCCUUGGGAAGACAAGGAGGAUACAAUGGAGGACGACGAGACCGUUCUCAGGAAGAUGCGCCGGCUGACUGACUACUAUGACAUCCACAAGGAAAUAGGGAGAGGGGCUUUCUCCUAUGUGAAACGAGUGACGCAGAAGGUUGGUAAAAUGGAGUAUGCUUCCAAGUUCAUCUCUGCCCGAGCCAAGAGGAAGGCCUCUGCUCUGAGAGAGAUGAAACUACUGUCUGGGCUGGACCAUGAGAGAGUCCUGUAUUUCCAUGAUGCCUUUGAGAAGAAAAAUGCAGUCAUCAUUGUCACAGAGAUAUGCAAUGAGGAGUUGCUGGAGAGGUUAACAAAGAAAUCUACAGUAAUGGAGUCAGAUAUCCGCUCCUGCAUGAGACAGUUGCUGGAGGGUGUGGACUACCUUCACCAUCAAAAUAUCAUCCAUCUGGAUAUCAAGCCUGAUAACAUCCUCAUGGCAGACCACCAUGGUGAUCAAAUCCGCAUCUGUGAUUUCGGAAACGCCAUAGAGCUCACACCCGACGAGGCUCAGUACUGCAAAUACGGCACACCAGAAUUUGUUGCCCCAGAAAUUGUCAACCAAACUCCUGUGUCCAAGGCAACUGACAUCUGGCCGAUUGGAGUCAUUACAUAUCUGUGCCUUACUGGAGUGUCUCCGUUUGCUGGAGAGAAUGACCACAGAUCUGUGCUCAACAUCAGGAACUACAAUGUGGCCUUUGAUGAGAGUAUGUUCACUGAGCUGUGCCGAGAAGCCAAGGGAUUCAUCAUCAAACUGCUGGUGGCAGACAGACUGAGGCCUGAUACAGAAGAGGGUCUCCGUCAUCCAUGGUUCAAGACCCUUACCAAGGGGAAGGCAAUAAGCACAGAGACCCUCAAGAAGUUUGUGGCGCGCCAAAAGUGGCAGCGGUCCCUUAUCAGCUACAAAUCCAAAAUGGUCAUGAGGUCCAUCACUGAGUUGCUGAAUGACUCAUCCAGCCACAUCUCCAUCGCUGUUCCCAGACACCUCAAAGAGGGCUCACCCCCACCAUCAUCGUCCUCUGACUCCGACGAAGAUAUUGACAAGCUGCCCUUCAUUCCAAUGCCACUCAGUAUGGAGUUCUCCGGAUCAAGAAUGACUCUAAACGAGAUCCAGGAAGGCACAAGCCGGUCAAACGGCACUAUUGAAAGUUCAGGGUCAGCAGUCACCCAUGGCCAAGAGGCGAUGGAGUGUGAAUCCAUGGGGAAAGACAAAGAGGCUGGAGAUUCCACAGGUAUGGGGCGCGCCAGGAAGAGGUUGAUGCAAGAAAAUGACAAGGGGUCUUCGGAUGAGGAGUUGGCAGAGUUGGCACAAGUAUCUGAGAAUGCUAGAAGGCCCUUGUGCAGAGGCUCGAGCUUGGAGUUGGACAAGCAAGAGGGUGGACCCAGAAGGGGGCAGCUGCAUAGAGGGGGCUCUGCUGACAGCGCGCUGCUACUCCACAUCAUUCCAGAAGAUAGAGCAGAUGACGAAAACACUGAAAAAGGUGGACAAGUCCUCAAAAAGGCGGUAUCUAUGGAGUUCCCUAGGAGGAGCGUGAGUCCAGGUCCUCUGAGUCAAGAGGACUAUGCUCACAAACUGGAGCUGAUGAGGCAGAGGUUGCUCCGAGGUGGCUCUGUUGACAAGAAAAUGAGCGGCCUGCGAGGACCACUGCUGGAGACACUGGGUAUGGAUGAUGGAAGGUGGCGGUCAUCGUUGCUGGAGCGCUACUCACGCACUAUCCCCUUAUGGGUUCCUCCAUUAACCAAGGCAGUCUCCAGCGACGAGCCCAGAGUGGACGUGCUCAAACCCAAAUACCUUCGCAAGAGCGCCUCCUUCAGUCAAGGAGAUGAUGCAGAGCUCGUUCCCCUGCACCGACGCACCGGGGUACCAUUGGAAAUCCCGCUGGCUCAGAUAGAGGAGCGAAGGCUAAAGGAGGCCAUAUCCAUGUCUGCUCUCACUGAGCCAUUCAAUAAUGACUCCUGCCCCGUGACUCUCAUGGAACCUAUCCCUAAACUUCCCACACCAAGCCCAGUGCCUAGGGAACAUGAGACAAAAACUAAGAUGGAGGAAGAGGACUCAUCAAUAGACAUGGAGAUUAAGACUGAGAAGUCCAUUCAUGAAAAAACGAUGAUGGAACCAGAGUACACAGCCCUGAGGGAGCCAUGGAGGGAGUAUAGCCCUCCUGUGAGGGUUCUUAAAUUAGAGGAACAAUUUAAAGAAAAAGAAGAGAUUGAGGAAAAUGAGACUGUUCCUUUCAAUGAAGAAAAAGCUAGGGAAGUUGAAGAAGUACACAAAGAAGUACAAAAAGAAGUAAAAAAAGUAGAAAAGGAACUGAAGGCACAAGUGAAAUCUUCUAAGAUGGUCAUUACUACAAGUUCUAAUAGGGUCACGCCAGCACCAGCAUCUUCAAGGGCACCAGCAAAUGUUAUGACUCCCUCUCCACCUGCCCUAACUGUGCUCCCAGAUGGUAGGACCUCUGCGUACACUAGCAUAAUGCAGACCAUCAUGGUCCCCUUGCUUCAGCCCCUAGUUAGCCCACUGUUCACAGACUCCACCCCUGUGGUUGCUCCAGUCCCUGUGCAAGCCCCAUUUCUAGCACCAACAUUUACAAACACACCUACAUCUGUCCCGGGCCCAACAAAGCCAGUCACUCUGCUAUCCACACCAGGGGAACAGCCUGCAGUCUAUUCAAGGGUGGCAUCCCCCGAGCCCAAGGAACCGAGUCCACCCAAGGUUUCCCCAUGCACUACACCCCAGUGUGAGCUCUCGACAGUGGGACAAAUCCUCUAUGGCAUUGCCUCUGAGGAAGUAUUUGAGGCCCGCUUCAAAAAGCGUGAGUAUUCUCUAACGCGAGGCCUGCAGCUACUCAACUGGUCAAAGCCUGAGAAUAAACCAGUAGCCUCUUUGGACUCUGCCAAGUCAGGCGAAGAUGUAUCCCACCAUGGGCCCAUUGGAGCGCCGUUUGUGUUUGUCCCCAGGAGACUGGAGGAGAAAUCCAAGUCGGUGCAGGAUCUCUGCGAGACCCAGAAGGAUGAAGGCUUUAUGAGAAGGCUUUCCAUGCAACUCAAGAGGACUGCUUCAACCGAAAGCAAGGAAGAAAGCAAGGAAGAAAAGCCCAAGGAGGAAGAAGCAGUGACUCCCAGGCGCCCGAGGAAGGAGGUGGAGACGAUGAGGAUGGAUAGGGGAAUAGAAGCUGAUGCGGAGCAGGAGGACAAGGAGCCGGAAAAGCCCAACGAGUCACCGGUUAUGGCCAUGCGUAGGAAGAUCGAGUCGACGGUGUCCAGGAUAUCCAGGAGGAUCCGCAGCGCCUCGGAGGAGAGAAGGAUAGCGUCGGAAGAAAGGGAAUCCAACAAGCCAGAGAGCAAGAAGACACCCCUGUUCUCCAUUCUGCACAGGUCGACUUCUGAGGGACGUAGCCUAAAGAGUAUGGCUGGAUCCGGUAUCCCUCAAAACCAGCUGGCUUCUCAGUCAGGCAACGGAACCUCCUCAGAGUCCAUGGAAUCUAUGUUCAGCAUCAAGUCGGAGAGAACAUCCAAAGCAGGGGCAGAGGUAGGAAGGAGGUCCCGAUGGGACCGUUGGGGCCUAACCAGAGCUAGCAAGAAGGGCAAGAUGGUAUCGGAGUCUCACAUCCCCACGGCUAUUGCCAGAGAGAAUGACACCCUAAGCUCCCGCUUGUACACCAGACUGGCAUCUGACUUCCCUCCCGUGUUCCACAUCAAGUUGAGGGACUACACCCUGCUGGAGGGAGAUCCCAUCACCCUUAGCUGUCUCCCAGCUGGCAGCCCCCAUCCACACAUCUCCUGGAUGAAAGAUAAGAAGCCUCUGCAGAUUGACGCCAGAAUGAACAUUACCUCCUGUCCUGAUGGCAGGCAGCUGCUGAUGAUCAUGACAACCACCAAGAAGGAUGCAGGGCUGUAUGAGUGUGUGGCAACAAACCUUCUAGCUUCAGUCUCCAGUUCCUGUAUCCUCUCCCUCGCUCGUUUACCCAAUCGUCCUGGGACUCCUGAGGUUCCCCAGCGCUAUAAGAACACUGCCCUGGUUUUCUGGAAGCCCUCAGACAGUAUGGCCCCCUGCACCUACUCUCUGGAGAGAAAAGCAGAGGGUGAGUCAUGCUGGCUCAUCGUGGCCACAGGAGUGGCUGACUGUUACUACAAUGUGGUUGACUUGCCAGGAGAGGGUGUCUUCAGGUUUAGAGUGGCGUGUGUGAACAAGGCAGGCCAAGGACCCUACAGUAACCUCUCAGAGGUAGAGUGCAUGGACGCUUCAGUGCCAACAAAAUGCAGUGGAUCAGUCGUUGUGAAGACAGUCCCUGCAGCACCAGUGGUCAAAACGUCAACAAUGACCGUCCCCUCCUUGAAGCCUGCGCCUAGUAAAGAGGUGCACCCCGCCCCAUCUUCUGCCCCAUUCAGAGAGACCCGGUCUGCCUCCGCUUCCUCUUCUGCUGUACCACCGGCCAAGCCUAUCGCUACUACCCCCGCCUCUAAACCUAUUGAUUCCAAACCCAUAGUCCCUCAGACCCCAACCAGCGCUGCUUCCGCCCCCAUGAUUGUUAGUGAGGUCCCAUCCUACCUGGCCAUCUCUGAGAUCCAAAGCCUGCUUCUGGCUCAGCACGCCCCAGCCCCGGCCAAAGCCAAGACUCUCAACAUCAACGUCACGAAACCUACACCGUCUCAACCAGCAAUAAUAACCAAGCUCACUCCCCCUAUCGUUCUCCCCAAACCCCAGAGUCCCGUCAAUAUCGUCUUGCCCAUGAUUAAGACCCCGCCCCCACUUGUGGCCCCUGCGCCCGCCAUCUGUACACCCACUUUGUCUGUGCCCAUGUAUGCACCAAUACUGGCUGCCACACCACGCGUCACCCCACCUUUCCUCUCCAUCCCCGCCAUCUCAUCCCCAGUCAUGCUAAUUUCCAGCACGAGUCCAGUAGGGGAGGGUGGGGUUACACCCACACGUAUGACACUGUCAAGAUGCAGAACGCCCUUGGGUGGACGACCUAGUGAGAGCACCCUGCGCCAGGGAGUGCCCCAGAAACCAUACACCUUCAUGGAUGAGAAGGCCAGGGGCCGCUUUGGCGUGAUCCGAGAAUGUAGAGAGAACGCCACAGGCAACCUGUUCAUGGCUAAGAUCGUGCCCUACGAGUUAGACAACAAACAGAUGGUGCUGCAGGAGUACAACAUCCUCAAGUCCCUCCACCACGAUAAGAUCAUGGCUCUCCACGAGGCCUACAUCACGCCCCGCUAUCUGGUGCUCAUCUCAGAGUGCUGCAGGGGGAAAGAGCUCAUCUACAGCCUUAUCGACAGAUUCCGCUACUCAGAGGAUGACGUGGUGGGCUACAUCAUUCAGGUUCUGCAAGGUUUGGACUACCUGCACAACCGCCGCAUCCUCCACUUAGACAUCAAGCCGGAGAACAUCAUCAUCACAUACAUGAACAUGGUGAAGAUCAUAGACUUUGGAAGCGCCCAGACCUUUGACCCACUCUUCCUCAAGCAGUUCAGCCCUCCUGUUGGAACUCUGGAGUAUAUGUCUCCCGAGAUGUUGAAGGGGGAUGUGGUGGGCCCUCCGGCUGACAUUUGGAGUGUGGGCGUGUUGACCUUCAUCAUGCUGAGCGGCAGGUUGCCUUUCAUGGAGAAUGAUCCACAGGAGACUGAAGCCAGAAUCUUGGCAGCCAAGUUUGAUGUGGGAAAACUCUACCAGAACGUGUCUCAAAGUGCCUCUUUGUUUUUUAAAAAGGUCCUCUGUAGUUACCCUUGGGCCCGUCCUUCCAUCAAGGACUGCUACAACAACUCAUGGCUCCAGGACGCCUACCUGAUGCGGAUGCGGCGGCAAAACCUCACCUUUACCACCACACGCCUCAAGGACUACCUGGACAAGCAGCAGAAGCUGCGGGCGGGUGUGGCCACCAAGCACAAGGUCCUCCUUCGGUCGUACCAAAGCUCAUCCCAGUCCCCCACCUGCCCUAUACCCCCAUCUCCCAUGACACCGGUCACACAGUGA